GCGUCUGCAAUAACCUUCCUACAGCGCACGGAGCUGCAGAGAUGAGGCUGUGCUCGGGUUUAUGAGCCAUGGCUGAAUAAUAUCCGACAGUCUGAUAUGGAGUCGUGUUUACCGUCAGCCCGCGUGUGAAAGACGGCAUGGACGGUCAGAUCGAAGCGGACCAGUGCUGCUCAGACACGGCUUCUGUAACCAUCUCCGACUUCUCGGACGAGAUUUUGCUCAACGUCCUGACGUACGUCCCAAGCCAUGACCUGGUCACCAACGUGAGCCGAGUGUGCAGGAAGCUCCGGACGCUGUGUCUGGAUAAGAGCCUGACUGCCCACAUACACCUGCACAAAGAGUACACGGCAACCGACGAAGCUGUCAAACACCUUCUGAGGGAGCUGUCCAGCAAUAUCCAGACUCUGAAUGUAAGUGGCUGCUAUUGGCUGGCUGGCUCCACGUUGGACCAGGUAACUCGCUGCAAGAGCAUGGUCCAGCUGGACCUGUCUGGCUGCCGUGUAACUCCGGCGCGCCUGUCUCGCUUGUUGAGCUCACUACAGUGCCUGCGCUCACUGGCCCUGGAUGUGGGCCCUGGGUUCGACCUUCAGCAACUAAGUGCAGAGGGCAAGGCGGCUCUUGCCCGGCUACACGAACUGAAGCAAACGCUCUUGACACCCUCGUAUGGCGUGGUGCCGUGCUGCAGUGCAUUGCGGAGCCUGCGCCUCUACCUUGAGGCAAGUGAGGGCUGGCAAGAGGCCGGAGGCUGCGCUCAGCUGAUGGUGGGCCAGAGCAGCGUGCCACAUUAUCAGAACCUGCGUUGGUUUUCCGCCCGUCUGGCACCAGGCGAGGUCAAUCGCACCUUGCUGGCUCUCUACCUGGCCGUCUUCAGUAUGCGUGUCCCGGAGGGCCUUACAGGGUUGGUCCUUUUUGUGCCUGGCCUCGCCCCUCCUAGGCCUGUCGCAGUGACGGCACUAACGGAGAGCAUGGCAUCAUCCUCAGGAAGCAAGGUCCGUGCCCUGCAGCUUCCACGGACUUGGCUGGAUGGCACUGUGUUGGGGCGGGUCUUGGCACACGGAUGCCCAGCCUACCUGAACUUGUCCCGUUGUUCAGCUCCAGGAUUUAAUCCUCUGCAUGUGCUGCUGGCUGCAGGCCGGGACCUCUCGCCGCUUCGUGGUCUUAACCUGCGUGGCUGUGGCCGAGGCUCAUUACCAGAAAGCUGCAGCAAAGGGGAGGAGGAAAUGGAUGCAGAGAGCGUCAAAGCACUGACUGACUCUUGCCCCCAUCUCACACACCUCAACCUGUCCGCCACUCACUACCAUCACAAUUCUCCAGCCGGACAGGACGGGCAUCUGUGCGGCGCUUUGGGUCGUCUUGCUCACCUGCGGUCACUGGCACUCCCUGUGUGCGCAUUAGCGCAACGGCCGCCAGCAGCAGCUCACGUCACAGACUCGAGUACGCAUCUUUCCUCAGAGUCGCUGCUCCUCGGGCUAAAGAAGAACCGCCGGAUUGGUGUGCCCACCUAUCAGCCAGAGGUUGUGGGGGGGCAGGGUGGAGAACGGGAGGAAGCAGCUACCUCCUGUGUCCGGUCAAUGCUGAAGGGCUGCCUUCAUCUGGUGGAGUUGGAGCUCAUCGGUGCCAGCUUCCUGUCAGCCAUGCCACGGAAUGAGCCAGCCAUCCGCAAAGACCCCGCCGCCUGCCCCUGGGCCUGCCAGGUUGGGGACAGCCAGCUGGCCGCACUGGGGAACCUGAGGUUUUUACGCAAGCUCACCUUGGCCCACCUGCCCGGGGUCCUGAAGGGCACUGGACUUCUGCAGCUCGUUCAGGGAUGUAAAGACCUUCAGGUGUUAUCACUUGCCAACCUGGGGUCCUUAAAGACUGUGAACUACACACAGGCCCUGAUGGAGGCGCUCAAGCACUGCACACAGCUCAGGGAGUUGAGGCUGGAGCAGCCGUACUUCAAUGGCAACGCUGCAUUUUUUGAGGCGCUCAGCAGCUGUCGCUGCCUUCACCGCCUGUGUCUGGUGUCGCGCCAUGGAACGUUCCUGCCAACCGCGGUAGUGAACUUCAUGCAGAGCUGCGCAGAGGUCAUCAUGUGUCAUAUGUUCAUGGGUGGGACUUUGGUAGCUUGCAAAACACUGCAGAAGACCCUGCUGGACAGUCUGUCUCCAUCCCGCCCAGCCCUCAGUGUGGUCAUAUACCCAUUGUUGCAUGAGGACCUGGGCCGUGUGAUCAGGGAGAUGCCGCUCUGCCACCUGGAUGAGAUCACACUCUUCAAAAGCCGUGUGGCGGAAGAGCCUACCAUGCUGUAGCAGAGAGAGCGAUGCAUGAACUGAAAGCGGUCGAUGCCUUUUGAUGCCUCUGAUGUUUUACCAAGUAUUGUUUACACAGUUUGUUUUCUUCAGUAAAUACAGGCAUGUGUAUUGUCAAGGGUGUUGUUUGACACAGCCCCCCAGCCUUCAACUAAAAGGACAAUCAUUUGCAAAAAGAUGCAUAUCAAAAGAAAUGACUAUCUUAUUAUAUGUAAGAGCCAGUUAGAUCAAACUACAUGCCAGCUUUGAACAAUUUUGAGUCAGAAGUGUGCCAGAAUCAGACAUGCUUUGAAAUUACAUUAAAUAUGUUCUGGAUUUUGGUUGACUGUUCAUAUUGUCACUGUCCAAAAUAGUAACUUUACAAGAGAAGGUGAAAACAUUCUUAAUUUUCAAUUGAAGUUAAUGUAAAGAGGCUUUAUUCUUAAUGAUUUUGGAGCAUUUCUGUCGGUCCACUCAUCAUAAAAUUUACACACAAUGUUAAGAACAAUGACUGCAUUUAAAUGUUCAGAAAUAAAAACCAACUUACAUGUUGUUCAUGUACAGCAA